GAGUGGACCUGCUGGCACGAGCGGCAUUGCGGUCCAGUGGUCCACUUGCAUGCACGAGUGGCUGCUGGUGAGGGGAGUGAGACUUGUUGGGGCCCCUGGGAGUGGCUGGGGUCAGUGGCGCUGCAGGACGAGAUCAAGCACGAGACAAAACUUGCGGUGGAAUAUCUGCGCCGAUGCCUAGGUUUUCGCAUUUUCAUGUGCACUGGAGACAAUCCUAGGACAGCCUCCCGAGUGGGGGCGGCGCUCAGCAUCCCAGAAGAGUGCAUCGUGGCCCAGCAGACCCCCGAGGACAAAGUGCGUUUUCUGCGCUCUCUAGCGAGUCCAGACUCCCCACAGAUCGCCACCAGCCCUACCAACACUAGCACCCCCACCAGCAGCAGCAGUAGCGGCAGCGGGAGCCCCAGCGGGGUCUCCCUGCUUAAGAGGGAAAAGAAGGAUCUGCCUGUUUGCUGCAUGGUGGGUGACGGGUUAAAUGACUCUCCUGCUCUAGCAGAAGCUGCGCUGGGGGUGGCGUUCGGCGUCGGCAAUGCAUUGCCUCUGGCGGCCGCGGCAGUGGCGGUCGGGGGCCGGAGCUGGACGGAGCUAGUUGAUCUCUUCCUCAUAGCGCGGCAGACCCGUAGCAUCAUUCGGUGGAAUCUUCUCUGGGCCUGCGUCUUUAACCUGGUUUCGGUGCCGCUUGCUGCUGGAGUGGCAUACCCUACUGUGUCUCUCCACCCUGCAGCAGCAGCUGCAGCCAUGGCGUGCAGCUGUCUACUGGUACUGCUAAACGCGCACCGACUCACCCGAUUCAAGCAAACGACGGCGGAAGGGAUGGCACGCGAGCUUUCGAGGAUGGCCAUGCACACGGACAUCAGCGCAAAUGCAGAAGAGGAGAAAGGCGAACAACAAGAGGAGAAGUCCCCACAAAGUGCUGCCUCUCUGCAGCUGCAAGACCAAGAAGUCUGUCUUCCUCCUACACGACCCUUCGGAGCAAACCUCUUUGCGCUCCCGGCUGCUGAUCCUCUUGUUGCAGAUACCUGCUGCUACCAACCAGAAGCAGCUAUGCCGCACUCUGUCAGACCUCUCGAGCUGCCUAUGGGGAGGGAAGACAGCUCCUUUGACUUCUCGGACUUUGAAGCUUAA